AAAGUAGCGGAGGCAACUGGAUACCUCCCGGCACCUCCGCAACCUGACUGUGCCUCCCGAGGCGCCACACCCAAAAUGGCGGCGCGAGGGCCGCUGUAGGCGAGCGGAAGUACGUGUUGCAGGCGCCGGAAGUGGCGGUCAGCCCCGCCCCUUGCCGGGGUCUCUUGAGUCGCGGACGCGCCGGCUUCCAGCAUCCUUGGCCCGGCAGGCGGGAGGCCUCGGGGCUGCGGCUCCGGCGGCCGCGGCACGGCCCCCCGGCGACAUGGCCAGCCCCGGAGAGGAUGUGUCCAAUGAUGAUGAGCACCCCCCAGCAGCAGCCGAUGUGGCAGGUGGUGCCCACCUGCUGGGGUUUUCUGAUGAGAUCCUGCUGCACAUCCUGAGCCACGUCCCCAGCACAGACCUGGUUCUGAAUGUCCGUCGUACCUGCCGGAAGCUCGCAGCCCUAUGUCUUGAUAAGAGCCUUGUCCACACCGUGUUGCUGCAGAAGGACUAUCAGGCCAGUGAGGACAAGGUGAAGCAGCUGGUGAAGGAGAUUGGCCGGGAGAUCCAGCAGCUGAACAUGGCCGGCUGCUACUGGCUCUCAGGUUCCACCAUCGAGCACGUGGCCCGCUGCCGUGGCCUGGUGAAAGUGAACCUCUCGGGCUGCCACCUGACCUCCCUGCGCCUCUCCAAGGUGCUCUCGGCCCUGCAGCACCUGCGCUCGCUGGCCAUUGACGUGAGCCCGGGCUUCGAUGCCAGCCAGCUGAGCAGCGAGUGCAAGGCCACGCUGACGCGCGUGCGGGAACUCAAGCAGACGCUGUUCACGCCCUCCUAUGGCGUGGUCCCCUGCUGCGCCAGUCUCCAGAAGCUGCUUCUCUACUUUGAGAUCCUGGACCGCACACGCGAGGGCGCCGUCCUCUCAGGCCAGCUCAUGGUGGGCCAGAGCAACGUGCCCCACUACCAAAACCUGCGCGUCUUCUAUGCGCGCCUGGCUCCGGGCUACAUCAACCAGGAGGUGGUGCGGCUGUAUCUGGCAGUGCUCAGCGACCGCACCCCCGAGAACCUGCAUGCCUUUCUCAUCUCUGUCCCAGGCAGCUUCGCCGAGAGUGGGGCCACCAAGAACCUCCUGGACUCCAUGGCCCGCAACGUGGCCCUGGAUGCCCUGCAGCUGCCCAAGUCCUGGCUGAAUGGCUCCUCCCUCCUCCAGCACAUGAAGUUCAACAAUCCCUUUUACUUUAGCUUCAGCCGCUGCACACUGUCUGGUGGCCACUUGAUCCAGCGGGUCAUCAAUGGUGGGAAGGACCUCCGCAGCCUGGCCAGCUUGAACCUCAGUGGCUGCGUGCACUGCCUGUCUCCUGAUUCUCUGCUGCGCAAGGCAGAGGAUGCUAUCGACAGCAGUAUCCUGGAGACGCUGGUGGCCGCCUGCUGCAACCUGAGGCACCUGAACCUCUCGGCCGCCCACCACCACAGCGCCGAGGGCCCAGGUGGGCACCUCUGUCAGCUCCUGGCCCGGCUGCGCCACCUGCGCUCCCUGUCCCUGCCUGUCUGCUCUGUUGCUGACGCGGCUGCCUGGGCUGACCGUGUGCCUGUCCAGCCUGUGAUGCGUGCUGUGCCCCGUGGCUUUGGCAAGAAGGUGCGCAUAGGCGUGCAGACCUGCCCCAGCCCCUUCUUGGGCCAGACGGCCCCCCAGCCUUCCUCCGUGUUCUGGUCUCUGCUGAAGAACCUGCCCUUCCUGGAGCACCUCGAGCUGAUCGGGUCCAACUUUUCCUCGGCCAUGCCACGCAAUGAGCCUGCCAUCCGCAACUCCCUCCCGCCCUGUAGCCGGGCGCAGAACGUCGGGGACUCAGAAGUGGCUGCCAUCGGCCAAUUGGCCUUCUUGCGGCAUCUGACACUGGCCCAGCUGCCUGGCAUCCUGACAGGCUCUGGGCUGGUCAGCAUCGGCCUGCAGUGCCAGCAGCUCCAGUCCCUCUCACUGGCCAACCUGGGCAUGAUGGGGAAGGUGGUCUACAUGCCCGCCUUGUCGGACAUGCUGAAGCACUGCAGGCGGCUGAAGGACCUCAGGCUGGAGCAGCCCUACUUCAGCGCCAACGCGCAGUUCUUCCAGGCCCUGAGCCAGUGCACCUCGCUGCAGCGUCUGUGCCUGGUGUCCCGCAGCGGCUCCCUCCAGCCCGAUGCCGUGCUGGCCUUCAUGGCUCGCUGCCCACACGUCGUCGUGUGCCACAUGUUCACGGGCGAGUCCCUCGCCACCUGCAAGAACCUGCAGCAGUCGCUCCUCCGCAGUUUUCAGGCUGAGAGACCCGCAUUGAACGUCGUCAUCUUCCCUCUGCUCCACGAGGGCCUGACAGAUGUCAUCCGAGAUGUGCCCAUGGUACACCUGGACGAGAUCACCUUGUUUAAAAGCAGAGUGGCUGAGGAGCCCCCAAACCUGUGGUGGUGAGAGGCCAACCAGCACCGGUCAGCUUCCCUUGGUCCCAGUUGCCACAAGGACACCCUGCUGCCCCCUGCAGGCCUCCGAGGAGCCUGCGGACACUGGGACCCCGUGGUUAUUCAGAGGAAGAAAGUGUCUCUCUGGCCACCCCGCGGCACCCACCCUGGCUCCCCGUGUUUCCUCUUGCUUUCUCUGGUGAGGACUGGUCGCUAGUGAGGUUGAGAUUGAGGGUUUAUUUUCUGGGGGAUGAAAAGGGAUUGGGCACCACUGAUAUGGGCCACUGUGGGGCCUGGCUGGUGGCCUCCCACACAGGGCCUUCUUUGCUGGAUCAUCAACUCCCCAGGCGCUGCCCACAUGCCAGGGUGCUAGGUGGGCUGCUGGCCCUGCCCCAUGCUCUGUUUCAGCCUGAGGAGUGUCCCUGCUCCUGUGUCAGUGUCCCCAGCCAUCAGGCCUCAUGGACAGGUGACUGCCCAUCUGUGGGGGGUGAGAUGGGUCCUCCUUGGGGUGGGGGAUGUCCACAAGUUUGGUGGCUGCAGAAUUGGGAUGCUCUCUCCCAUGAAGACAUUUUAGGGUGGGGGUGGCUGAGUGGUAGAGCACCUGCCAAGUGUGUGAGACCCUGGGUUCCAUCCCCAGCACCAUGAAGAAAAAGGCACCCAACUAUGUCUGCGAGAUGUUUCCUAGCGGAUGCCUGUGGCCCAGAGGGGACCCCGGGGCAGGAUUGCUGGGCGGGGCCCUCCUGGGCUGUGCUUGAGGAGAUGGGGCUGCGAUUCAUGGCGGUGGGCUUUAGAAACUCCAGCUCCCCCGGAAGGUCUUGCACCGCUGAGGAGAUACAUGUGUACUUGGCUUUGUUAGAGUAACUGGACACGUUAAAACCCAGAAUGGAUGCUUAAGGUUGGAAGUGGUCAGACCCCCUGCUGCAGAUGACUUUAGUUAGUUCUUAGAAACAAUCCUACCAAGCUGUUCUAGAAAAGAGGAAGGGCCUUCUGGUGUCCGGGCCUCAUACUUGCCUGCUUGGCUGCUGUUGUCUGUUGCCUCUGCUUUUAGCUCCCUCGAGACUCCUAGUGCCAUCUUUCCCUGGCCGGGGGUUUCUGAGGGGCUGAGAAACCCUGGUUGAGUCCUGUCUUCCUGGACUCCCGCCCUGGCCAUAAUGACCAGCUUCCUGCAGGCGUGGGCAUCCUGAUGCUUGCAGCCUGACUGCCUCCCGAUGCCCUGGGCUGGGGGUGCAGAGCCCACCAGGCUCACUCACUGCUGGGCCCCAGCCUGCUCUUUUCCUCCUGGGUUUCCAUGGCAACAGGUUCCUGCACUGUGCAUGGUGUCCUGCACCCUCCUCUCUGGUGAAGAAGAGGGUAAACUGGUCCCUGAGUGGGCGCCUGCCGUCCUCGGGCGCGCCAGGCAAACAGUGCUCAGAAGCUGUGCCCAGGGAACCCCGAGGCCCUCCCAUGUGGUUGGGGCCCAGCCUGCCGCUUGAUUGGUCAGGGUCUCCACGAGGUGCGUGUCUGGCCUCCUCCCGCUCUUCCUCUCUUCUGCACUCACUCUUAUUUGCACAGGUGGGUCUGUGUCAUGAGGCUCCUUCCUCUGCCCUUGUUUUUCCUGUGUAAGGGAAUCCUCACCCCCUUCACAGGUCUCCCCCAUCCUGCCCCAGGCUACAGCCAGCAAAGGGACCCUUGCUGCUGGCUAGACCUGGAGCCUUCACCCUCGAGGUCCUGACCCAGCAUCUCAGAGCUACAAACCCAUCCUAUCCCCUCCUGACAUUGCAGGCCAUAGGACAGGCCACCUGGGGCCCUGGGGGCAGGACCAGGGUCUCACACAGCUGUAGAUAAGGUGAAGGGUCGGGGAGGAUCCCAUCCCACCCCAUCACUGGACAUUUCAGAACUUUAAACUGGCACCUGAAGACCACUAGUGAGGGUGCUCAGGCUGCAUGUGGUGGGCCCCUGGGACUGAUGGCUUCUCCUCAAAGUGAGGGUGUGGCUGGUCACAGCCUGACAGGACCAGGAGAGAGGCUUGUGACCCGGAGGUCCUGGACCCUCAGAGGCCCUGUGGCUCUGGGCUCUGAGCACUCUGGCCUGAGCCUGUCCCCUUUGCUCUGAGCUUGCGUGGAGCGUUGUCUUGCCACUUGGAGUUUUUCGACGAGGCUGAAGCUGUGUUUCUCUCUCGCCUGGAUGGCCUCUUCUCAGGAGCAAGCGUUUUUACCCAGCAGCGUUAAUUUAUUCUCAUAAAAAGGGCUGGGUGGGGCGGGAGCUGUUCAGGAGAGGCCGGGGGUGCACGCUGCCUUGGAAAGCCACCCCCAGACCGUAGACCUUGUAUUUUUAGUGUCCCCUGCAACAGUCCUUUGACUUAGAGUGAGAAUUUCUGUUCCUUCUACAACCGAGACAGGAUUCACCAGAUGUUAAUAACGUGCUUAUUUUCGCUAAGUGCUAUUUUGGCACCCGCGUUAAUUGCAAUUUAUAUUCUGCAUCAUUUUACCCUGGAAAGAGAACCCACCCUAAUGAUCCCCAGUUGGCAGGACUGGGCCGUUCAGUGGCGGACCAUAUGCUACCUCCCGAGGAGCAUGGCCUGUGUGCCUGUGUGCACACAUGUGUGUCUGUGUGUCUGCACCUGCACACAUGUGCCCAAGUGUACAUCAGUGCCCGCGUGUGUGCAUGUCUGCACCCAUGGGUCUCAUCUGCAGUGUGCAUGUGUGCAUAUGUGAGUGUCACUGGGGGGUGGGAAGGAGGGAGGAGAUGAGUGCGUUUAUUCCUUUGUUCUUAAAAAGAGAAAUCCCCUGACCUCCUGUCACUGCGCCUCCGUCUCUGCCCACACCAUCUCGCCUCCUGCCCCCGCAGGGCCCGUGUCUGGAGGCCCUGCAGCCCGCUUGGCCUCAGCAGCCAUGCUGGCGACGGGCUUCUGAAGGGAAGGCAUCUGAGCCUGAGGAAAGCCAGAGGAGAGCUGCACUUCUGCCCUCAGGUCCCUUCCUGCCCUGCGGUGGCUUUCCUUGUUUUUAUGGCAAGUAGUCUUGUCCCAAGACAGGAGCAUUUUCCUCCUCCCUACUCAGGACAGGUCCACUCCUGCUUGUCGGUACCCUGCAGAGGCCCUGCAAGGACCCAGCUGGGAGGCUCGAACUCGGGACCACAGCCUGUCCCGCCGAGCUGCUCCAGCUGAAGGGGACCUGGGCUUGGCUUGAGGGCCACACUCCCUCACCUGCUCCCUGCUCCAGCACCCAGAGCUGGAGGCCACUCACUGGGCAGACAUGGGUUGGCCUGGAGCUGUGGGAGCCAAGGCUGAGCCUCUGGGGCCCCAGGAGCAUGUCCCUACCUACCAGGUCCUGUGUGAGUGGCGCACCCUUAGGGAGCAUGGGGCGGCCCUCACCUUGCUUCUGCCGCCCUCUGCUGUGGUCUGCUCCCUUUAGGGCUUGGAAGUUGCAGAGCUCUUGCAGGAAAUAACCAGAGACUAGGGUGAGGCGGGAAGAGGAGGCCCAGACCCGAGGCGCCAGGGGCUCUGUAACUUGUCAUUUGUACUUGGGGGCACAGGGUUCUAACGAGAUGUUUUCAGGGUCUGUGGGGCACAGUGGACAAGUACUCCACAGAAGCUUCCGCCUGCUGCGGGUCCCACGCAGGUGGGACGGCAUUGCCGGAGUCGCUCUACUCCAAAGCGCUUCCAAGCAACACUGAGGUCGGGUCUCGCGUCACUACCGCCCUACCGCAGGGCCAGGUGCUGACUGGCUGCAUCGGCCACAGAGCUACGGAAGCUGCUGCUGCGAAGCCCAGAGUGGAGCCGUGGCCACUGCCUGUGUACAAGGGAUGGGCGUGUGUGAGCAAAGGUGCCCACGGCAGGCGGGAGCGUGCUAUGCGUGUGCGUGUGUGUGCACAUGUGCAUGUGCUGUGUGUGGGUGGCAUGCGUCCCACAGUGGCACCUCCCUUCAGCCUCUGCACUGCCACCUGUGACCAGGCCCCUGGACCUGCCUUGUGUGCUUAGCCUGGAACCAGCUGAGCUCAGGGUGGUUUGGGGCAGGGGGAGAGGGGGACCGAGGCCUUUUCCUGGCCCAGAGGUCUCGUAGUAUCUUGUGGCCCGGUGCUAAAUGACCAUUCCUGCCUUCUGAUGACCCAUCUCCCCAUCCCUGCCCAGCUGGUGGAACUGCCCGCGUGUGGCCUCUCACGGGGAUGUCCACUCCUAAAUUUGGUGUUCUAACAAACUACAUUCUAAAUGGGUAUUUUCAUGUAAAUUUGUGGCAUGUGAAAAAUUUCAAAUAAAGUGAACUUGAUUUACAAAGCCAGGCAGCUGUAUGUCCUUCCAGUAGGAUGGUGACCUUUCACCUGCAAACUCUCCAUCCUGGGCCCAAGGAGCUCUUCACUUCUGGUGGAAGGUGGGUGUGCCUGGGGGCCAGUGUCCCCAAACGGAUGCAUGGAUGGAGACCAGAGAGCCACAGGCCAGCAGGUGGGGGCGUUGGGAGGUGGUAACUCAGUUGGCUUUGGCAGGCAGGGAUGCCCAGAAGGCGGGGAGGGUACCGGGGUGCAGCGCAGGCUGUACACUGCACAGAGGCCCUUGGUGGACUGAAGGUAGGCAGCUGCCCCCAACUUAAGUACAUGUAUUUACAUAUGUUUAAAAAGCAAAGCCUACUUCACCAUCUGAAGCAUUCAUUCAGUGGUAUUAAGCACAUUUGCUCUGCUGCGCAGCCAUCACCACCACCCGCCUCCAGAACUUUCUCAUCGUCCCACACUGAAGCCUGGCCGCGUUCGAUACCAGCUCUGCUCACUGCUACCCCAGCCCCUGGCACCUACCAUCCGCUCCCCAGCGGUGCUGGGGUUGAACCCGGUGCUCACGCUUGCUGAGCAAACAUUCUGCCACUCAGCUACUCCCAGCCCUUCCGCUGCGUCUGUGAAUCUCCCGCUCAGGGCGUCAUGUGAGAGGUGCCUACACUGUGUGUCCCCUAGAGAUGGCCCACAGUUGUGAAGGAUGGUAGUGUUGACCUUGACCUGGGCUGGGGCCAGAGCACCCUCACGCGUGGCCUCUCCACGUGGGCUGGUUGGCUUUCCUCAGAACAUGGUGGCUGAGUCCAGGAGCAAGCAUUCUACGGAAGCCAGGAAGACGUGUCCUAGCCUUGGACAUCACUUAGCAUCACUUCCACACAGUCCAUUGAGAGGCAGUCUCUGGGGUCUGCCAGACUCAAGGGUCAGGAAGCAUGUCAGGGCCCCAUGCAGUAGACCCCUUGGGGUGGGGGUCAGCGUGGGGCCAUCUUUAGGAAGUGCUUCCUGGCAGGGCAAGUGUCUGCCUGCGCCCAGGGCUGUGGUCCACCUGAGGUGAGACCUGGGCCUGGCCUGUGGCCUUGCGGCAGGGUGACUCCUGAGCUGGUGCCCUCUGAGAAGUGCUUUGCCAGGGAAUCCACAAAGUGUUGAAGUGUCCCCAAAAGCCAAGGCCUGCCUUCGGGGCUCACUGGCAGCGUGGGGCUGCCUGGCAUUUGUCCAAAUUCUAAAAGAUAAAAAGGAAAGAGAAUCAAAAUGGCCUCACGUCAAGUCAUUGUUUUGUUUUCGACAAAGAGCCAAGGGCCUGCGUGUGUGGAGGGUUUGCACUGGAAGCCUCGAGAAGCAGGAAGCGAGGCCAGAGGAGGGAGGGACGGCAGGAAUGAGAAGCUUCAGUGGCCCCCGGGACGCCCAGCUCUGCGGGGUCAUCGCUGGCUUUAGUGUUCUGGAUGCUGGGGCACCUGGCAGCAGCCUCGCCUCAGAGCAGGGAGUCCUGAGGAGCCCUUCGCUUAGCAAAUGACGUGGGGAGACCUCAGGGGUCAGCACCCUGCUCAAGGCUGCAGGGCCAGGGUCCAGUGCAGUGCCAUGCAGUCUUGGGGUGGUCCCUGGAUCUGAAUGUCACCUCUUUCCUCUGAGACCGAGAGGUGGAGCCAGGCCUGGGUGAAGCCCAAACCGGCUCCCCUACCCCAAAAUGAUGGGGACAGAGGUCUUGUUCUACGCUGUUGGCAAAGGACGCAGUGGCACAGUAUGAAUGGGGUGGCCUUGGAGC